AUGGAUAAUCAAUGGGAUGCUUGGCCUGUUGGCAAAGCGGGUUCAAUAUUUUCGCAAGGUCUUGAGUUCGAGACCAUUGACUCAUUUUCAAGUUUUGAUAUAAACAAGAUAUUGAAGACGACUGAAUUGUAUCUUGAAGAUUUUGAUGAGAAUAUAACAGUUACGCUCAAGAAUCAGCUUGAAACUUAUAUUGUUGAUGUUCGUGAUGUUGAUGAAAUGUUCUCCGAUCUACAAGGACUUGUUGAUCUUUCUGGAACACUAGUUAAGACAAAGAAGCAUUUGAAUUAUCCAUUUGUGUUUCGCCUUGUGAAAUUUGCUUUGCUUCUACCGGUUGCCACUGCUACAGUUGAAAGAACUUUUUCGGCGAUAAAGUUGAUCAAGAGUGAAUUGCGAAACCGAAUAAAUGACGGAUUCAUGAGCGGUUGUUUGGUUCCUUAUGUAGAAAGGAAAAUAAUUAACACCAUUUCUAAUGAGACUAUUAUGAAUACGUUUUAG